AUGGCGACAUUUGCACGCCCAAUUGCGUCAAGCAUCGCCGGGGUGGACUUUACCGUCUACUCCGACGAGGAGAUCAAGAAGCUCUCUGUAAAAAGAAUUCACAAUACCCCAACUUUGGAUUCUUUCAACAAUCCUGUUCCUGGUGGUCUCUAUGACCCUGCCAUGGGCGCAUGGGGCGACCAUGUGUGUACAACUUGUCGUCAGAACUCUUGGUCGUGUACGGGUCAUGCCGGCCACAUUGAGCUCCCAGUUCCCUUAUACAACGUCACUUUCUUCGACCAUAUCUACCGCCUUCUUCGGGCGCAGUGUGUAUACUGCCAUCGUCUUCAAGUAUCUCGGGACAUGAUCAAUAUGUAUACUUGUAAACUGCGUCUUUUGCAGUACGGGCUCACCGACGAAGUUGCAAAAGUUGACGCCAUGGGGGCUGUCAAGGCUACCAAAUCCAAAGUCCAAAAGGCUACUGGUGACGAUUCCGACUCCGAGGAGGACGACCCUGAUUCCAUUAUGGAAAAGCGUAUCGCCUAUGUCAACCGGUGUAUCAAGGAAGCCAAGAGAGAUGGCAGGCUGGAGGGUUUAAUGGCUGGCGCAAAAAACCCCAUUGCUGCCGAAGGCCGGAGAGAGCUGGUCAAAGCAUUCUUCAAAGAUAUUACCGGCAACCGCAAGUGUGCGAACUGCAGCGGAGUGUCGCCUUCUUAUCGAAAGGACCGCUAUAAUAAGAUCUUCCGGAAACAGCUCCCCGAGAAAGCGAAGCUUGCGAUGCUUCAUGGAGGGUUUCAAGCUCCCAACACCCUGAUUCUUCUCGACCAAGAAAAGAAGGCAAGCGCCAAGAAAGAUGGGUCAGUGGCCAACGGUGUUUCUCAGGCUGACAGUGCCGUGACCGAAACGCACGGUGCCGAAGAAGAAAUCCUUCGCGGAGCUGCCGUCACGGCCCAAGCAACACAACCUGGAUCAACUGGUCAGGAAUUCAUGACAUCUUCUGAAGUAUAUGCUGCUAUGUGUCUUUUGUUUGAGAAAGAAGGCGAGGUUCUGCAAUUGGUCUACAACUCCCGUCCGGUACCGAAGGGAACCAAGCUCAUCAAUGCAGACAUGUUCUUCAUCAAGAGCCUUCUCGUUCCGCCCAAUAAGUAUCGCCCGGCUGCUGCGCAAGGACCUGGCGAAAUCAUGGAAGCAGCUCAGAACACACCUUUCAACAACAUUCUCAAGCAGACAGACGUCAUCAACCAAAUCAAGAAGGAGAUGCAGAACGAGAACGAAAAAGUCAUGAGUCGUGCGCGGAAUCUAAGCGACCUUCUCCAGGCUAUCGUGGCCCUCCAAGACUUUGUUAACGGUUUGAUUGACCGCGAGCGAACUUCUGUGACUGGCUCAGCAAUCGCUCAGCUGCCCAACGGUAUCAAGCAACUGCUUGAGAAGAAGGAGGGUCUUUUCCGGAAGAACAUGAUGGGAAAGCGUGUCAACUUCGCUGCUCGAAGUGUCAUCUCUCCCGACCCAAACCUUGAAACCAAUGAGAUCGGUGUGCCCUUGGUGUUUGCUAAGAAGUUGACCUUCCCUGAGCCCGUCACCAAUCACAACUUCUGGGAAUUGAAGGAGGCCGUGAUUAAUGGUCCUGACAAGUACCCGGGUGCCGCUGCCAUUGAAAACGAAAAUGGCCAGGUUAUCAACCUCAAAUUCAAGAGUCUAGACGAGCGGACUGCUCUUGCAAAUCAACUGCUUGCCCCGUCCAACUGGCGAUUGAAGGGAACCCGCAAUAAGAAGGUCUACCGUCACUUGACUACGGGCGACUAUGUCCUGAUGAACCGACAACCUACCCUGCACAAGCCCUCCAUUAUGGGCCACAAGGCCCGUGUUCUUCCCAACGAGCGGACAAUUCGAAUGCAUUACGCCAAUUGUAACACCUAUAACGCUGACUUUGACGGCGAUGAGAUGAACAUGCAUUUCCCCCAAAAUGAGUUGGCUCAAGCAGAGGCUCGUAUGCUCGCCGAUGCUGACCAUCAAUAUCUCGUUGCCACUUCUGGCAAGCCACUGCGAGGUCUGAUUCAAGACCAUAUCUCCAUGGGUGUCUGGUUCACGUGCCGCGAUGCCUUCUUUGACGAGGAAGACUAUCAUCAACUCCUAUAUAGUUGCCUUCGGCCCGAGAACUCGCAUAUUGUUGGUGAUCGCAUUCAGUUGGUUGAACCGGCUUUCCGGAAGCCCAAGUUCCUUUGGACCGGCAAGCAGGUUAUCACAACUAUCCUGAAGAACAUCAAACCAGAGAACAGUGGUGGUUUAACUCUCAAGAGCAAGUCUUCCACCCCAGGUGACCGGUGGGGAGAGGGCAAUGAGGAAGACAUCGUCAUCUUCGACGAUGGCGAGUAUCUUUGUGGCAUCUUGGAUAAAAAACAACUUGGUCCAACUGCUGGUGGACUGAUUGAUGCAGUUCACGAAGUAUAUGGACACACAAUUGCUGGAAAGCUGAUGAGUAUCCUCGGUCGCCUUCUGACUCGAUUCCUCAACAUGCGGGCUUUCACUUGUGGUAUCGACGAUCUUCGCUUGACCAAAGAGGGUGACCGUAUCCGCAAAGAGAAGCUGAGCACGGCCGCUGAGAUGGGCCGUCAAGUUGCCCUGAAAUAUGUCACUCUAGACCAGUCCUCUGUCGCGGAUCAAGAUGCGGAGUUGAAUCGACGGUUGGAGGAUGUUCUUCGUGAUGAUGACAAACAAAGCGGCCUUGAUAGUGUCUCAAACGCUCGGUCUGCCAAACUUUCCUCUGAAAUUACCAGCGCUUGCCUUCCUACAGGUCUGGCCAAGCCAUUCCCGUGGAACCAGAUGCAGUCGAUGACCAUUUCUGGAGCCAAGGGUUCAGGAGUCAAUGCCAACCUCAUUUCUUGUAACCUGGGACAACAGGUUCUUGAGGGUCGACGUGUACCGGUCAUGAUCAGUGGCAAGACGCUGCCAUCCUUCCGAGCAUUCGAGACUCAUCCCAUUGCUGGUGGUUACGUGUCCGGUCGUUUCUUGACUGGUAUCAAGCCUCAGGAGUACUACUUCCACGCAAUGGCUGGUCGUGAAGGUCUGAUUGAUACUGCGGUCAAGACGUCUCGCUCCGGUUAUCUACAGCGUUGUCUGAUCAAGGGUAUGGAGGGUCUCAGGGCUGAAUAUGAUUCCUCGGUGCGAGAGGCAUCCGAUGGGUCUAUCGUUCAGUUCUUGUAUGGUGAAGAUGGUCUCGACAUCACAAAACAGGUUCAUUUGCAGGACUUCAAAUUCCUCGCAGAGAACCAUCGUUCUGUUUCGAGGCAAGUGCAAGCCAGUCACUAUCGCGAUCUAGUGAACACGGAGGCAAUGGCAUGGAACAAGGACGCUCAAAAGGCGGUUCGCAAAACCCACAAUAUCGCGGCUAUGGACCCUGCAUUGGCAAAGUUCCACCCUGGUGGAAACCUGGGAAGUACAUCAGAAGAAUUCUCUCAGGCUUUGAAAAAGUUCUCGUCAGAAAAUUCCGACUUGUUCAGGGACAAGAAGGAUGACUCUGAGCUCAAAAUCAACAAAAAGUCGUUCGAAGCCCUCAUGAAUAUGAAGUACAUGAAGUCUAUCAUCGAGCCUGGUGAAGCUGUGGGUAUCAUGGCCGGCCAGAGUGUCGGUGAGCCAAGUACUCAAAUGACACUGAAUACCUUCCAUUUGGCUGGACACUCGGCUAAGAACGUCACACUCGGUAUCCCUCGUCUGCGUGAAAUCGUCAUGACGGCUAGUGCCUCCAUCAUGACUCCUACCAUGACACUCUACCCUGUCAAGGAACUUUCCAAAGAGCAGGGCGAGAUGUUUGCCAAGGGCCUCAGCAAGCUCAGUAUUGCCGAGGUUGUUGACAAGGUGCAAGUCAGAGAACGCAUUGGCUCGGGUGUUGGCCACGCGAAGGCUAAGAUUUACGAUAUUGUGAUUUCAUUCUUCCCUCCGGAUGAAUACACAAAGGAGUAUAGCAUUCAAGUUUCCGACAUUUACCGAGCCCUCGAGCUCAAAUUCAUUCCCCGCUUGGUCAAGCUCAUCAGGACAGAGCUCAAGAAGCGCAAUGAAGACAAGACGGGCACCAAGACCUCUACAGCUCAACCCGAGAUUGGAGUUUCGGUCGGACGCGUUGCAGAUGGCCCAACCGGCCCUGAUCGCGCAGAAGAGCCAGCGGACGAGGACAAUGAGGACGACGAAGAUGAUGCCAAGCGGGCACGUGGUGGCCAAAACCGCAACAACCAGGUUUCAUAUGAAGGUCCCGACGAUGACGAGCAGGACAUCAUUCGCGGGCAAGACGAAGUCGAUGUUGAUGAUGAUGACGAGGAGGUCGGGGAUGCUUCUGCUGAUGACUCUGAUGACGACUCUGAUGACGAGAAGGCUCAGGAGCAAAAGCUCCGCGAGGACAACGUGAAGAGCAAGUUCGCUGAGAUCAACAAGUUUGAGUUCGACGUCAAGAAGGGUACAACUUGCACUAUUCAACUCGAGUACGACAUUGAGACGCCCAAGCUUCUCCUGCUUCCAUUGGUCGAGAGCACCUGUCACUUUGCCGUUAUCCAGCAAGUCCUCAACAUUGGAAGCUGUGUUUACGUUGAAGGUGAUGACAUCAAGGGCGAGCCUCCUUGCAUCAUGACUGAUGGCGUCAAUUUGCUCGCCAUGCGUGAUCACCAAGAUGCCAUUAAUCCGCACUCCCUGUACACCAACUCUAUCCACGACAUGCUGAACCUUUACGGUGUGGAAGCGGCCCGCGCAACCAUCAUCCGUGAAAUGGACUCUGUGUUCAAGGGUCACAGUAUCUCUGUCGACAAUCGUCACCUGAACUUGAUUGGUGAUGUUAUGACCCAGUCCGGUGGCUUCAAGGCUUUCAGCCGCAACGGUCUCGUCAAGGACUCUACAUCACCGUUUGCCAGGAUGUCAUUCGAGACUACCGUUGGAGCUCUCAAGGACGCUGUUGUAGAGCGUGACUUUGACAACCUGAAGGGCCCAAGUAGUCGGAUCGUUGUUGGCCGCUCGGGAACUGUUGGUACUGGAGCCUUUGACGUACUGGCUCCUGUAGCAUAG